ACGAGAUGGUGUACCAUAGUUUUGAUUGUGCUGAAGAUGACCCCCACAACUACUACCCCUCGGAAUUCCUUAACUCCUUGACCCCAAACGGGCUGCCUCCGCAUGUGCUGAAGCUCAAGGUUAACUGUCCUGUCAUACUGCUCAGAAAUAUUGACCCCACCAAUGGACUUUGCAACGGGACAAGGCUUGUGGUCCGGGGAUUCCAAAGAAAUGCUAUUGAUGCAGAGAUCGUGCUCGGGCAGCAUGCUGGGAAGAUGAUUUUCCUACCUCGUAUCCCCCUAUGUCCCUCUGAUGAUGAGAUGUUCCCUUUUCGGUUCAAGCGAAAGCAGUUUCCUAUCAGGCUCAGCUUCGCCAUGACAAUUAACAAGGCACAGGGACAGACCAUCCCGAACAUCGGUGUGUACCUUCCCCAGCCAGUGUUCUCUCAUGGCCAGCUAUACAUCGCACUAUCUAGAGCCACUGCCAGAAGGAACAUCAAGAUCCUCGCCGCCCCGGAUGAAGGUAAGAAAAAGGAGAAGCGCUCAAAUCAGAGUGGGACGUGCACUAAGAAUAUCGUCUACAGAGAGAUCCUCACACCAUAGUCGAGGCUCAAUGGUAGAAGGUGCCCAAUUGAUAUGAUGUAGAGAGAAAGGGUAAAGGCAAAAGUAACAAACCAUGAAGUUAAUGCGCAAUGCGCAAGCUCAAUGUUUAUGCCUGCUAUUCUUCUACUAAGCAUGAGUUAAUGUAUUUUUGCACAUACGUAUCACAAAUCAAUAACAGAUGAUGAUGCAAAGUAUGUAAACUUGGAUGUAUGUAUUUUUUGCAUUGUAUUUUAA